AUGAUUAUUGGCCCGGUCGGCUGUGGCAAAUCAACACUGAUAAAGAGCAUUUUAAGCGAAACCCAUCUGUCACAAGGUUUCCUUUAUCUCAGAACCAAAUCCAUUGCAUUUGCGGACCAAGAACCUUGGAUACAAAAUGGCACCAUUAGAGAUGCAAUUCGAGGCCUAGAGUCAUGGGAAAACCAACCUCUUGAUAAUCAAUGGUAUCAGAAAGUCAUUGCCGGCUGCGGGUUGCUUGAAGAUCUCAAGUUCCUUGCUAAAGGCGAUCUGACUUUCAUUGGAUCAAAAGGAAUCUCACUAAGUGGUGGACAAAAACAACGCAUCGCCCUAGCAAGAGCACUUUACGCGAGGCCGGAAAUGCUCUUGCUUGAUGACGUAUUUUCUGGACUUGAUAAUGACACAGAAGACCAUAUUUUCAGACAGCUGUUUGGUCACUCGGGCCUUGUACGAAGUGAAAACAUUACUGUCGUUGUGGUGACUCAUGCCACUCAUAGACUACCAUACGCUGACCUUAUCGUCAGCUUGGAUAGAAAUGGGCGAGUCGCAGAACAAGGCAACUACAACAUCCUAACAAGAACUGGUGGUUAUGUUCAAAGCCUUGACAUCAAGCUCAAGGAGCAGAGGCAGGACACUACACAAGCUGCAACCCCAGAAGACGUUCACACGCCAAAGGUCAACACAGCAUCGGAGGUGGCAAAUUCACAGAGCAAUGAUGAUGAUGCAGACAGGCAAGAUCUCCUACGCCGAACAGGGGAUUGGAGUGCUUAUAGAUACUGGUUCCAGUCAGCGGGUUAUAUAUCAAGCUCGCUAUCCUUCCUUGAGGCUUCGCUGUGGAUGGGCGCCGUCCAAACACCAGGUAUUCUUGUCAAGAUUUUUUCGAACGGGAACAGCCUAGAAACGACUGCAUCGUCUGCUCGAUCAACUACAUUCAUUGCGGUAUUCGGAGUGACAACGGCAGUUGCUGCUCUGUCCCUGAUAGCUAUAGUCUGGCAAGUAUUUCUUGACAUGGUACCACGCAGCUCUCGAAACCUUCAUCUAAACUUACUGCAGACUGUGCUGGAUGCACCACUGUCAUUUUUCACACAUACUGAUAUUGGAACCAUUACAAACCGCUUCAGCCAGGAUAUGGGUCUGAUCGACGCGGAGUUGCCCUAUUCUUACGCAGAUUUCGUCCUGUCCUUAGUUUCAUGUAUAGCCGGUCUUGGUCUUAUGUCAUCCUCCGGUUCUGGAUAUUUUGCAGCCAUUAUCCCAGUAUUGAUUUUUGUCCUAUACAUGGUUCAACGGUACUACCUAAGGACUAGCCGGCAAAUGAGACUGCUAGAUUUGGAGCAGAAGGCGCCUCUCUACACUAUGUUUGCAGAGACCGCAGCAGGCGUACCUACCAUCAGAGCAUUUGGGUGGACUGAGAAAUUUGAGGAGAGGAAUUUGACUCUUCUUGAUCGAAGUCAGCGCCCAUUCUAUUUGAUGAUGUGCAUACAGAGAUGGCUGGCCCUUGUCCUUGAUAUGAUAGUUGUCAUACUUGUGACAGUAUUAGUCGUGGUCAUUAUCUCGCAGCGAUCUUCAAUUGAGCCGGGGCUUGCAGGUAUUGGCUUACUGAGCACUGUCGGUCUCAGUUCUAGCCUGACGACUUUGGUCAGGAUGUGGUCUGCCCUAGAGACGAGUAUUGGUGCAAUCUGUCGACUGAGAGAAUUUUUGCAGACAACGAAUUCUGAACAUGAACCUCAAGAGGUCGCGUCAGUUCGCAGUGACUGGCCCGAAAAUGGAGAGACGGUUGCAACACUUCGAAAUCUGCCAAUCGAGAUGACGUAUUCAUCUCAGCUCUAUCUCGAUGCCAGGUAUGGCAGGUUAUCGAAGAAAAAGGGCGGUUUGGAUGCCAUCAUGAGUCCAGAUUUCUUGAGCCACGGCCAACGACAACUUUUCUGCUUAGCUCGAGCAAUGUUACGAGAGAGCAAGGUCCUUAUUCUGGAUGAAGUGAGCGCGAAUUUGGAUGUCAAGACAGAUGAGUUGAUGCAAAAGGUGAUUAGGGAGCAUUUCCAUAGCUGUACCAUUAUCGCAGUUGCGCAUCGCCUUCAUACGAUUGAUGAUGGCGACCGGGUGGUGGUACUCAGCCAUGGAGAGAUUGCUGAAAUGGACGACCCGAGGGUCUUGUUAAACACGUCGGGGAGCAGGUUUAAGGAGUUGUACGAUAAGUAUUAA